ACCGCCAACCAAAAAGUCCAUGUUGGACGGCUAAAUCGAACCCCAUUGAUUGAUUGAUAAUUCAGUAAGAUUCUUUCUCAUAGUCUUGGCCUGGCAAAACCCAACUUUGACCCUCUAGAACAAAGCCAUCCUCACAAUUUCAUAUAAAUUAAUCAUUCUCUUCGUUUAAUUUCAGUCUUAAAGAAAUUAGGGCUUUUGAUUUGGGUAGUUUCUUGUUUUCUUCUUCUUCUUCUUCUACUAUGCCUUCAAUUUCUGUUGCGAAUUCGAUGCCACCUUACAAUUUGAUGAAGCCUUUAGAGUCAAAUGUGGUUACCAUUGAUGUGGGUGGACAAAUCUUUCAAACUACAAAGCAAACCCUUACCCUAGCUGGACCUGAUUCCCUCCUCUCACAACUGGCUGAGUCGAGUCACCCAUUCGUCGACCGUGAUCCCGAGUUGUUCUCCAUACUUUUGUCCCUUUUGCGAACUGGGAAUCUCCCGUCCAAGGCAAAAAGUUUUGAUAUCGAAGACCUGAUCGAAGAGUCGAAGUUUUACAACAUUGAGUCGCUUUUGGUCAGCUCUCAAUCGAACCCUUCGCAGUUUGACGCUUUCAACCUUGAGAAGUCGUUGGUACUGCCGCUAAAUGGCCGUGACUCGCCAUCUUCAAUUGCGACAACGAAGUAUGGGACUGUUCAUGUUUGUCACGGAAGUAAAAUUACGUCCUUUGACUGGUCGAUGAGGAGGAAGUCUACAAUUUUAACACAAUUCACUGCUAUAGAUUCUUUGUUAGCGAUGUCUCCAAGUGUUGCUGCAGCCGGUGCUAGUGAUUUUUCUGGGCUGCAAGUUCUUGAUCUUCAGAAAGGGUAUGUGAAAGAGACUUUGAAUUGGGAAAAUAUGACUAAGUCUAGUUGUACUGUACAGGCAAUUGGUUCGUCAGCUGAUUGUUUGUUCGUUAGUUUUGAGUCGGGUAGGAGAAAUUCGAAUGCUAUUAUGGUUUAUGACAUUAAUAGUUUGAAGCCUGUUAGUGAGAUCGGUCAUUAUGAGAUUUAUGGUGCUGAAAUAGAUUCUGCGAUUCCAGCUAAUAAGUUGAGGUGGCUUUCGGGUUAUAAUUUGCUUAUGUCAGCUGGAUCACAUAGUGCCAUUUCUGGGGUGUCGGGGGAUAUAAAAUUGUGGGAUUUAAGGUCUGGUAAUAUUGUGUGGGAGGUUAAGGAUAAGGUGGAUUGCUUUUCUGAUGUCACCAUAUCUGAUAAUUUAUCUGCGAUUUAUAAAGUUGGUAUUAAUUCUGGGGAGGUUUUUCAUAUGGAUUUAAGGAAAUUGGGAGAUAUGACUACGUGGCUUUGUCUUGGUGAUAAUAACAAAAUUGUUAAAGGGAAGAAAGAAGGGUCUGGAUGUAAGAUCGAGAGUCAUUCAAACCAAGUGUUUUGUGCAAAAGGAGGUGAUAUAGAGUUCUGGUCAGAGAUUGUAAUGGGUUCAAAAAAAGGUAGUGAAGGUGGGUUGUUGGGAGAGAGGGUGUUUAGGAAGAAUUUGAUGGGAAGGGUCAAGGAUAUGGGAGGUUCAAGGAUAACCAAUUUGGUAUUUGGAGGCAACAAGAUGUUUGUAAUGCGUAAGGGUCAGCAAUCUGUUGAGGUUUGGCAGAGUUUAGUGAGGGGAUUCUGAUGGAGAAAGUUUUAGUUGGGUUAUUGAUGAGGAAAUAGCGUCUGUACAUUGUUUGAUGUGAGAAAUAGUAUUUUUACAUUUUUAGAUGCGAGGAAACACAUCGUUACAUUUUUAAAUGUCUGCAACUCUGCUACUUGUGGACUCUUGUCUUACUCAGCCUGCUGGGUUUUUAAAAGAAAACAAGGAGCUCACUUUGAACCUUUUAUAAGUCUUUGAGGACGAGAAGUGAGCUGCAACUUGAACUUAGGAGGAAGUAUAUGAUGCAAGCUCAGAGGAGCAAGUUAUUAAUCCGGAAGGUUUGACUGAGUUGCAUUAUCUGUGCUCCCAAACUAGAGCUAGAAGUUUGGUUUCACUUUUCACAAGCAUAAGCUGAAGUUGUAGUAGGUGCCAUCGCUGCACUGUUGUAAAUCUAUGGAUUGAAUCCAACAAGUUGAUUCUAUUCUAAACCUGUUUCUGACUGGUUCUGUGACUUCUUGUCUCAUGAUUUUCAAAUUCAUAGUUUAAUACAUUUGUAAGUCGUGGAAUUUUUAAUCAACCCUGUAAUUAUAUCAUUAUUUUUAUGAUUUAAUUUAUUUUUCUCA